ACACACUUCUGGGUAGUUCACGUUCAGGUGGAAAUAAGUCAUUAGAAGUCUUUUGUAUUUUUGUUCAGUAAUAAAAUCUGACUCAGACAUCCGUCGGUGUAUACGUACGUAGCUAUAUAAAAGCUGCAGAUUCACUCCAUAGUUCCUCCGCCCGGGUAUUUCAAGAUGAAACUUCCGUCGUACCUAGCGCGCUUGGGAGUCAAUCAGGAGAAAAAGAAGACAGGGACGAUGAGUAGUAAAAGAUCUGUAAAGAAACCCCAGAAGAUGGCGAUCCCGCGUGCAGUUAUGGAGAGGUUCCUGGCGUCUAACUUCGAGGGGGAUUACAAACCGGUCCCGCUCAACCACCAGGGCAAGUACCGGCUUCUCACCGUCAUGGCGGAGGACAGAUGUGUCCUCAGAAGGUGGAGAAAAUCGCCCAAGCUGCGCCCAGUCGGUCCUCUGGAGAGGUACUUCGUCAGCGCUGUGUUUAACGACAAGCUGAAGAAGCUGAUCCACGAGCAGGGAGGCUACCACGGGCAGGGCGAGCACGUCGGGAGUCAUGGGUUCAAAGGGGAGGUGGAGGUGGAUUCGGUCGUGGACGGCAUCAGCGAUAGCGCUAGUGCCAGCAGCUUUAGCCGGCAGGAGUCGGACGAACUGGAUGGCACGGGAGCCGGAAUUCAUAAAGAGGUGGUGAUACCUCCCAUGAAGCUGGGUCGUGUGUGGCAGACGUGGAUCGAGGAGGAGGAUUUAGCAGACAGUAUCAGGAACGUCAGGACUUCACUCACGGACAAGGACAAAAGGCUCUACCUGAUCCAUGACCUGUUCCACAGCCAGUGUUUCAAACUUCUGGACCAGUACGAGACUUCCAUGGGCAUAAACGGAGGAGUUUCUGGCUUCUCAAAGCUCUUCAGUGCUACAGCCAAGGCCUCAAAGGAAAGCAAGUCUGCCACCAUCCUGGAGAGGACAACUGAAGCACCCAUUGCAUUUGGCUGCGUUCGAGUUAAGGUCCAAGAGGAUGGAUCCUUGAAGGUGGUGGGAACGAGCUCUGUGACCACGAUCGUGGACCCAACCCGCGGACCCAUACUGCGCCCACGAGGAGGGGACAGAGGAAUGGUGAGGCACAUGGAGCUAGGGAGGCUCGGCAGUGAUUCUCCAUCUCCUCCUGCAAGUGAUGAUGAAGACUGCCCACAAGUACAAGGAUUUGUUCGUAGGAAAGACGUGCAGUCCCUGGGGACCAGGCAGGACCCCACCCUGCUGGACACCUUCAGCAGACUCCAGGCCCUGGCACCUGUACUGCUGGAGGCACAGACACCCGAGGAUCUCGUCCCCCUGGUGGAAAUUCUGGACAUUGCGCACUCAGGAGAGAUCCCUGCCACAGAACUAGAAAUGGUUCUGUCGUCUGACCAGCGGUUGUUGCUCGCGGAGUGCGGGAUCAGGGUGGCGGACAGAGAGGGGAAGGAGUGCGCCCUGUACUUCACAACAAACAGCGAGCCCGAUUUCCCGCAGACCGUGGCUAAGAUCGAAAAGUACGGAGAACUCCUGGAGGAUAUUGUAGAAGAGGGAGAGAAAGUCUUGUUGGUUCUCAAAGAUGUCUUGAGGGGAAUGGAGGUGCAACAGCUGACAGAAGGAGUGGACAACAUGGGUGUACACCAGUCUACAGCUCAAUAGACACAUCCAAUGAGAAAAUGGCUAUUAGCAGUUCAACCUAUUCGGCAGUGGCUGCAUGUCUAUAAAAUAUUUAACUUUUUACUAGUACAUUUUUACAUUUUAUUUUGCAUUUCUAAAAUUUGAGGGGGGUUGGUGGGACUAUGAGAUUUAGAGACUUGGUUCCUUCUGACCGUAACACAAGAUAAGGACAUGUAAAAAGUACAACAGACACAACUUCAACUAGUAACAAUACACUCAUAUAUAUUUGUAAGUUUGUGAAACAAUGAUGAUGGUAUUACAUAGGUUAAUCUGCUGUCAGCACAUUUCAUGUAGAAAUAUGUAAGUUGAAAAAAUGAUUGCAGUAGUGAAAUGUGCCAACAUUGUUAGAGAUGUCCUGCAUUUAAAUUAAAUAUUUGUUGUUAUAGAAGAAAAGAAAAUAUUUGUAUAUCAGCUCUUCUUUCCCGUCUUGUCCUUGCUGUCUGCUUUCUCCUUUGGUUUUGCUGACCUGGCAAAUUGCUGGCAAAGUGGUCAAGGAAGAUAAAUUGUAAUAAAUACCAAAUCAUUAACAUAAUAGUUGAGGCUGAUUC